UCUACUCUUCAAUCUUAUUUUAUAUCCAAAAGCGAGGUUAAAACAGGUUUGGUACAGUAAUACUGUAAUAGUAGAAUAGAGUAGUAGAAUGUUAUGCAGGGGUAGAGAACAUGGAUAGGCAACUCAAUGGAAGCCACAUGUCAAUGAAUAUCUGGCAUGAUGAGUGUCGGUUGCCCCUGGCACCCAGUAAAAGUCCUUGACACGUGUCUCUCUCUUCCUCAUCAAUCAACAUCAUCAUCAUCCACCAUAUGUAUCCUUUAUCUCUGCUACUUUCCCUCAACUCACUGCAUACUAGACUAGCAAACUCCACAUACAAGCCCUCCGCCACUAACAACUCAUUUCUCAUGCUUCCCCAUUCAUCGGAACCCCACAGAAGACCCAAAUCUCCCGAACUCUCCGAUCCCAAAUCCACCUUCUCCGCCCUCACCGCCGCCCUCAUACACCUCCUCUCUCCUAGAAACCCUCGUUCAUGGAUUCUCUACAUCAUCCUCUUCCUCCAGAUCCUCCUCCUCUCCAACCUCCGUAGCUUCCCCUACCCUGACGCCUUCCUUCACCCAUCUACACUUCUCCAUAACUCAACCAACGCCCACCAUCCCUACCUCUCUAUUCCUGCAAACGCUGUCGUUCAACAACCCACACUCCCCCAAAACGAAGUCAUCGAGAACACCUCACUCGACCAAUGCGGCUCCGGAAGGGUUUUCGUCUACGACCUCCCCAGAACCUUCAACAAAGAAAUUCUCGAGAAUUGCGACAACCUCAACCCGUGGAGCUCCCGCUGCGUCGCCCUCGCAAACGAUGGACUCGGCCAGAGCGCUGCCGGUCUUGCCGGAAUCGUGCCGGAGGAUCUCCUUCCGGCGUGGUACUGGACGGACCAAUUCGUGUCGGAAAUAAUCUUCCACAGGAGGAUGCUCCACCACAAGUGCAGGGUAACGGAGCCAGAAUUGGCUACGGCAUUUUACAUCCCCUUCUACGCUGGACUCGCGGUUGGGAAGUACCUAUGGUCAAACACAUCAACAGCAAAGGAUCGCGAUCAUCACUGUGACAUGAUGCUGACGUGGCUCAAUGAUCAACCCUAUUACAAGAAAUCCAACGGCUGGGAUCACUUCAUCACCAUGGGGCGCAUCACAUGGGAUUUUCGAAGGUCCAAGGACCAAGACUGGGGUUCAAGCUGCAUCUACAAGACAGGGAUGAGGAACGUCACGCGCCUCCUCAUCGAGCGUAACCCUUGGGACUACUUCGACGUCGGUAUUCCCUAUCCUACCGGAUUUCACCCCCGAUUCGACUCUGAUGUAACUCGCUGGCAGCAGUUCGUCCGCGAUUGCCGCCGCAGCUCGCUCUUCUGUUUCGCCGGCGCGCCACGCCGCACUUUCCGCAACGACUUCCGAGGGUUGUUGCUGAGCCAGUGCCGAGACUCCGGCGAGUCGUGCCGCGCCGUGAAUUGCUCCGGGAGCCGAUGCUCGAACGGGACGUCUGCGAUCAUGGAGGCGUUUCUUGAGUCGGAUUUCUGCCUUCAGCCGAGAGGGGACAGCUUCACGCGGCGUUCGAUCUUCGAUUGCAUGGUGGCAGGUUCGAUUCCGGUUUUUUUCUGGCGGCGGAGUGCUUACUUUCAGUAUGAGUGGUUCUUGCCGGCUGAACCGGGUAGUUAUUCGGUUUACAUAGACCGGAACGCGGUUAAGAAUGGGACCUCGGUAAAAGCGGUUCUCGAAAGCUACAGCAAGGAAGAGGUUAGGAAAAUGCGGGAGAAAGUGAUCGAGUAUAUUCCAAGGUUGGUUUAUGCCAAAAGUAACAAUGGGUUGGAGGGAAUGAAGGAUGCUUUUGAUGUUGCCAUUGAAGGGGUAUUUAGAAGGUUUAGGGAUCAAGAAGAUUUGAGUUUCAGUAAGUGGAGAUGAAAAUGGAGCUGGGUGUUUCAUUCAGUAAAGAAAAGAAGGGGGUAGAUAAAUAAAUAAGAAAAUAAGAACACCAUUUUUCUUGUAAGUUUGGUAGGAUAGCGUUUUUCUUUUACAGGUUUUAUUUAUUUAUUUAUUAAUGUAUAACGGGAUGUACCAUAUACCAUAUAAUAUAAAAUGAUUGAUAUUGGCAUUCUUUUUAAACAUAA